CCUUUUCUUCACAAAAUAACCAAUUAACAAAAACCUUUGUAUUGAUCCCAUUAGAUACCCAAUUGCAUGUUCUCUUCUAACUACUAUCAUUUUUCUUGUUUUUUAUGUGGAUAUCUGAGUAUAAAUAUUAAAUAGCAGUAUCCAUAAGCCAGAAGCCAAAAAAUAAUCCAUUUAAGAUUGUUUUCUUGAUAAUUAAGUGGGACUAAUGGAAGCGCUGCCAUUGGCAACUGCAGUCGUAGUGGGUGGUCCGGUGCUGGCUCUUGGCGGCGUAACUUUGCUUUUUCUUAAAAAUUACAUAAAUGAUCAAAAGAGGAGAUCUACAAGCCUUACACUUCCACCAGAGGUGCCAGGGUUACCAGUGAUUGGGAAUCUGCUGCAACUGAAAGAGAAGAAACCCCACAAGACUUUUGCCAAAUGGGCUGAGACUUAUGGUCCGGUGUUUUCUAUAAGGACAGGGGCCAACACCAUGGUUGUCCUUAACUCCAACGAUGUCGCCAAGGAGGCCAUGGUGACAAGAUAUUCAUCCCUCUCGACGAGAAAGCUAUCAAAUGCACUAAAGAUCCUCACAUCUGAUAAAAGUAUUGUUGCAAUGUGUGAUUAUAAUGAAUACUACAAGACCAUAAAAAGACACAUUCUUACAAGUACUCUGGGAUCAAAUGCUCAGAAACGACAUCGUGUUCACAGGGAUAUCAUGAUAAAUAACAUUACACAGCAGUUCCAUACUCUCGUGGAAUUGCAUCCUUCUGAAGCCGUAAAUUUCCGGAAUGUAUUUCAGUCUGAGCUUUUUGGAUUAUCACUUAAACAAGCUAUUGGAAAGGAUGUUGAAUCCAUUUAUGUGGAGGAAUUAGGUGCUGUUUUGUCAAGAAAAGAGAUAUUUGAGAUUUUAGUUAUCGACCCUAUGGAAGGUGCUAUUGAGGUGGAUUGGAGAGAUUUUUUCCCUUAUCUAAAAUGGAUUCCCAACAAAGGCUUCGAAAAGAGAAUUCAGCAAAUGUAUUCCCACAGAGAGGCUGUGAUGAAGGCCCUUAUUAAGGAGCACAUGAAACGUAUUGCUUCUGGAGAGGAAAUUAACUGUUAUCUCGAUUAUUUGGUAUCUGAAACAAAUACGUUAUCUGAACAACAAAUAUUGAUGCUGCUUUGGGAAGCCAUUAUUGAAUCUUCAGACACUACUGCAGUGGUCACGGAGUGGGCCAUGUACGAGCUUUCUAGGAAUCCCGAAAAGCAGAAUCGUUUAUACCAGGAUAUUCAAAAUAUCUGUGGGUCUGACAAAAUUACAGAGGAAAAGUUGUGCCACCUUCCAUACUUAUCGGCUGUUUUUCAUGAAACUCUGAGAAGACAUAGUCCUGUCCCAAUAGUUCCUUUAAGAUAUGCGCAUGAAGAUGCACAAUUAGGAGGAUAUCAUAUUCCUGCUGGAAGUGAGAUUGCUAUAAACAUUUACGGUUGCAACAUGGACAAGAAAAUAUGGGAUUCUCCCGAAGAGUGGAAUCCGGAGAGAUUCCUUGACGGGAAAGGUGAUUUGAUGGAGCUACACAAGACUAUGGCUUUUGGUGGGGGAAAGAGGGUUUGUGCAGGUGCUCUCCAAGCAAUGUUAAUUUCGUGUGUGACAAUUGCUCGAUUAGUACAAGAUUUUAAAUGGAGACUCAAAGAUGGAGAAGAAGAAAAUGUCGAUACGUUGGGGCUAACGAAUACCAAACUCAAUCCUCUGCUAGCCAUGAUGGAGCCAAGAAAUUGAUGAAGUUGGUAAAUUUGUUAUCAUGCAGCUAUUAGUUUAUUAAGGGACUCUUCUCCAAUCUUUCGGAGUAUUUCCUUAGUGAAGUCAGAUCUACAGGUUAAUAUUUUCAUUUUUGGAGCGUUAUUUUAUGAAUAAAGGGGAUGCAGGGUUGCAUCCCCUAUAUGCUUCAAGCUUGUAAGUUGUACCUUCGUAUCUUACCUCCAGCUUUUAUCGACUUGCACACUAAUGAGCUCGACUAGUCUGUUUGAUAGUAUAGUUAAAGAUUCAGCAUAUUUCUCUGCUUUCUGAAUU